CACAAAAAUCAUCCAUAGCAGGAAUUAGGAAAACCAAAGCUAGCUAAAAAGGUACACUGUACAAAUUUAUCACAGUACUAACAUCCAUUUGUCUUGUGUUUGUGUACUAUACCUUUGACUGCUAUUCUACACCACACCCCGUCUCCCAAAACAGUUUAAGGAGUUGAGGACAUAAUCAAGAAUCAAAGAAAUGGAAGUUGGUCAAUUGCAGAGGAGCUUUAUUGAAUACAUGUCCUCUUUGUUUAAUGAGGGAUUCUUGGAUGCUCAAUUUAGUCAGCUUCAGCAAUUGCAAGAUGAAAGUAACCCUGAUUUUGUAGUUGAAGUUGUGUCUCUUUUCUUUGAAGAUUCUGAAAGACUUCUCAAUGAUCUCACUAUGGCUUUAGAUCAGCCCAAUGUGGACUUUAAGCAGGUUGAUGCUCAUGUUCAUCAGCUCAAAGGUAGCAGCUCCAGUGUUGGUGCUCAGAGAGUGAAGAAUUGCUGCGUCCCUUUCCGUAGCGUCUGCGAAGAAAAGAACACUGAAGCGUGCUUGAGAUGCUUGCAACAAAUAAAACAGGAGUACUUGCUUGUGAAGAAUAAGCUUCAAACUUUAUUUGAGUUGGAACAACAGAUUGUAGCAGCUGGAGGAGCGAUUCCCAUGAUGCAAUAAUCCAGUGGUUAUGGGAUUAGCCCGUAGUGCAGGAUUAAACUUACUGAAUUCCGUUUGUGACGAAGAGUUUUCUUUUGGUGAUUUCCUUGUGGAUCACACUAUCAACUUUAUCAGGUUCUCUAAGUGGUCUAUGCUUUCUGUAAAUUAUCGAUAAACAGUGUCAAGAUGUGCCUCUUUUUAUCCACUGCUACAUAUCGCUGUUUCUCUAAAUGGCAAAACUUGCUAUCCUGCUCUAUGACCAGAGUUCGAUAUUUUGGUUUCUUUAGCAUUCAUCAUAUGAUGGAAUUUUGUUUAGAGCAUA